AUGUCGCUAUUCAACGGCUCCAGCUUCGGCCUGGGCGCAGCUGCAGCCAAGCCCCUGGACCCGGCGGCCGAGAUCUCCCGGCUGCUCAACCAGCACUCCCACCACUGGCAGACGCUGGAGAAGGAGAUCGCGGCUGUUCGGGCCAAGCAGGCGGCGGGGGAGAAGGCGCUUGCGGCCGCAGUGCAGGCCAAGGAGGAGGCGCGCCACUUCGCGGUUGCCGCAGACCAGGAGGCGGUGCGCCUCGAGGCGGAGGCCGAACAUUGCCGCGCAGAGCUGCAGUCCAGCCAGGCAGCCAACAGCAAGCUGCUGGAGAGUGUGGAGGGACUGAAGCAGGAGCUGGCAGGCAUCAACAGCGUGGCCGACCAGGCCAGGCAGGCCUUCCAGAACGAAGUGGCGGGGCUUGUGGCGGAGCUGAAGAAGCUCAAGGAGGGGCACCCAGGUGCUUUCUUCACAGAGCCCACAGCUGGAGGCCACUGA